UUUCACAUCAUGAAUCGGAGGUGCUCCGGGUGCAGCAAAAAUGGUCACAACUCCAGAACAUGCCCUUACUACUCAUCCUCUGCGUCUCGCACCACCGUUACUACAGUGAAGCUCUUUGGGGUGCGGCUCUCCAUGACCCACGGAUCAGGAUCAUGCUCCGCCGCAUCACCCAAUCAUAACUCUCCUUUCUCACACUACUCUGACGGUUACGUGUUGGAUAGUGAGCCAUCAACCCCUGCCGCCACCAUCAACUGCCACCAUCCUCCUCCUACCAUAAACAAAGGCAUUCCAUGGAGCCAAGAAGAACAUCGAUUGUUCUUAAUUGGAUUGGAGAAAUUAGGAAAAGGAGACUGGCGUGGAAUAUCUCGAAAUUACGUUGUAUCAAGAACUCCAACUCAGGUAGCAAGUCAUGCUCAGAAAUACUUUAUCCGGCUGCGGCAGAGCAACGCCACGCCGCGAAAACGACGAUCAAGUCUUUUCGACAUGUUUCAAAAUAUGGCUUCAAAUUCGCCUUCACUAAAAGAAGAACAAGUGUUACUUCAACCUUCUAAGAACUCACAACUUAGCAAUGUGGAAGAAGAGCUCAAUGAAACUAUAAUGGGAUCGAAUGAAGCGACACCAGCGUCACCGCUUCCCGGAUUCUUGCGGCCGCCUUAUCCGGCUCUCCCAUUUUCCUCAUGGCCAUCAAGUGCAUGUUCCUUUGGAGAAGCUACCCUAAUCUUAGAUGGAAGGCCAUUGCAUUAGGUGUUGGCAUUUAGUAAUAUGUGAAAGGGAACAAAAUGAGGCGGGAUUAAGAAAUUUAAAAAAAAAAUCAGAAUUAAUUUUGAAAAUGUUAUUUAAAUCGUAAACUUUAAAAUAUAUAAGCAUUCGUCUGAAUUUACAAGAAUGUCUUAGUGUCUUCCAUAUCAACACGGCAAGACUACUUUAGUUAGAAAUUCUUGUUUGAAACAA